CCCCUGGCCCGUAUAUAAGGAACGGCGUUAUGAGCGAAGGUAAAGGCGCUCCGUCUCUGUCGCCCCUUCCUUGCUUUCGGUUGACGGACGUUAGGGUUGGGCUUCUUCCCUUCUCCUCCGAUCCAGCAGCCAUGUCGUCGAAGCAAGGUGGAAAGGCGAAACCUUUGAAGCAACCAAAGGCUGAGAAGAAAGAAUACGACGAGGCGGAUCGUGCAAAUCUUUCAGAAGAAGAAAGAAGAGGAAAAGGCACUGAAGGAAAUGAGGGCCAAGGCAUCUCAGAAGGGAGCAUUUGGAGGCGCAGGUCUCAAGAAGAGCGGAAAGAAAUAAGAUCUGUUCCCUCGUCAUGUAAUAUGCAACAAUGCUAGUACCCGAUUAUCUUCUCUAAGAUGUGUGUGGCUGAUACGACCUGUGAGGAGGUGACUCAUGUUUCUGUGGAAAAUUUGCAAUAACAUUAAAAUUCUAAAGAUUGGCUUCGUCCGAUAUGUAAUAUUGCGGAGACCGUAGUAUUAUCAAAUCUUUUGUUUUCCAAGCA